AUGAUAUCUAACAACCUACCUUUAAAUCCACCAUUCACUUUCACUGGUGAAAAUUAUCAAAUCUGGUCUGUGAAGAUGGAAGCUGUUUUGGAAGGCUAUGAACUAUGGAAAACUGUGAUGGCAGAUAAACCACUUGCUACUCUACCAGCAAAUCCUACCUUGGUUCAGAAAAAAUCCAACAACGACGAGAAGGCAAAGAAAUUUAAAGCCAAGUCGCUUAUGCAGAAUGAUAUGGUAGAUACUGUGUUUUAUAGAAUCAUGGAUUGCAAAACUGCAAAAGAGGCUUGGGAUAUGUUUAAAAAAGAAUAUCAAGGCAGCGAUAGAACACGUCAAAUACAAGUGUUGAACCUAAAAAGACAGUUUGAGUCCUUGAAUAUGCAGGAGGAUGAAACUAUCACUAAGUAUGCUGAUCGAAUAUCCUUAAUUGUUAAUAACAUUAGACUUCUUGGUGAAGAAUUUACAGAUAAACGAAUUGUGGAGAAAGUUAUUGUGACUCUUCCUGAGAGAUUUGAAUUUAAUAUUUCCUCUCUUGAUGAAUCCAAGGACCUCAGCAAACUUUCAUUAGGUUAA